GGCUCACCACAAUUCCUACAGGAAUGCAAAACUGUCACAGCGUCAUAUGAUUGGCUACAACGUUUGAAGAUUCAUGUUCAUCUGAGGGUAUGAUCUUCUGGAUCUACUUUUUUGCAACAGCAAAGCAAAGAGAUGAAACCGGGUUCAAAGCUGCAGAAGUAGAGCUUCCCGUCGUAUUUCGCCACAACUGUGUGACACCUAUCCGCCUGCUCCUUUCCGCCGCGAAGCAAUUGAAAGGCCGAAAAAUCAAGGAAAAAACAGAACCGAUGUUGACUGCUUCUUGCUUACACUUCAUAUUAUUUCGAAAAGCCAUUUUUCCUCCCUCUCUAGUGCAGACUCUGAAAAUUUGUAUGCGUCACAUCCGACCAGAACCAGAUGACAACUGAGAGAGACUCUACGUGGUCUAAGAGCACAGUCGUACUUGUUCCAUUCCCAUCUGUCAACACUAGUGGUUAAAGAUAGUAUAGUACUAUGCGACCUACUUUCGAACACCGACAAAACUAAAUUUUCCAAGAAGAGUUCCUUCGCAACAAGCCAAACAGUGUACAACUACCAAGCAAUCUGAAGAUUUCCACGCAGUUUGCCGAGCCCAGUUUUGUAGUUUCGACGUUGUACUAGCCGCGAACGGUAAGGAAAGCCCGGACAACCAGCUCCACGACUAGGAGGCGGACCACCAAUUAUCGUAGUUGGUUCCUCGGCUGCCAGAAUCAUCUUCAACAAAUUAAUAUCUUCAUCCGCAAACAAGCACAUCGACCGGAUCCGGAACGACGCAGCGGCCAAAGUUGUCGCGAGUUGUACUAAAAAGAAUACCCACUCGACUUCUUAGUCGGGCAAAUUUUAUUCUGGAAGAACGGAAUCCUGAACUUCUACAAUGUAAGUACAAGCGACACGACGACCUUCUUGUCCUACACCUGUCUCGUCUAGGGCAAUAAUUUGGCGAAAACGAGUCUGCCCCCGCGGCCGUCGUGUUUUUCUUCAAGCAGAUUGGAUUCCGAUUCAAAUACACAUACAUUUUCUCCCGCGCGAAUACACAUACAUUUUCCGGAGCGAGACGGAGCAGACUCUGUGCUCAGACUUCCUCCAGCCUUAGUGCUCAGUUUUGCACCUCGACGAGCAGGAGAUCAUCGAAGGACACCCACUCGUCCGAAGCAUCUUCAACCAGCAUACCCGUGCUGCUCUGCCAGCGUUUUCUUUACAUCGUCCUCUUCAUCCUGUAGUUCAUGUAGGUGCAGCGGCUGGUUCAUCCCCGCCGGUGGAGUACUAGAAUAACGACCGAUAUUAAUUUGUGUCGUGGUCGAGGGCGCUGGUCGUGUUCCUGAUCUUCUGGAGUAGAAGUGGAUCAUUUGUUGGACGGCCAGCACAUCAAACCUUCCUGAACGUGAAGUAGCAGUGGCACUAGUAUCUUCAAGGAAACAUCAUCGAUCACGACCUGCGCGUAUUGAUCAACACGACCGUCGCGUACUUAAGUAGCAGUGCUGGUAGGAUCAAAGACUACUACAGCACUCUGGAAGCACUUCGCCUGCGCGUUGUAUUGAAGGAGAGCCAAAGAAUAGUACGGGACUCACAUAAAAAUCGACAUCGAGCACGAAGACGACACCCCCCCCCUGCGAACCACGAGAUCUAGCAAGAACUUUUGGGGACAGACACAAGCAUUACUACGUACUAACAGUGCUUGCCACGACGACACCUGUGCGAGAAGAAGUUGUAGUCCAGGAAAUAAGUAUAAUAUAUCACACUCGCAGUCGCAGUUCAACUUCAGCAUCUGCAACUGGUGCACUAGUAUCUCCAUCCGUGUCGUGAAGAAAAUGCCGUCCUCGUCCGCUUCCACCACUACCCGCGCAAAAGCGGCCGAGCGGGACAUCGACAUACCGGACUCGGUAUGCAUUGCAAAAGUCUCGUUAUCGUACUAGUGGAAGUCGCAUGGCAAAUUUCCCCAGCAUGAGAAAUGGAAUUUGCCAUGCUGCUUUAAUGGAUACCUUGGGAACGAAAACGAGAUUUGUAUACUUUGCAUGACUGCGAUUAGGAUUAGCAUUAGGAUUACUACGAGGACGAUACAUUUGCAAUGCAUAUUCGGUGCUGGACCUGACAACCAAAGGUCGGUCUGCGCAACAGCAGCUGCGGCAAGUCCAGAAGCAGCUCUUUCCUGCGCAGAAACCCAUCGACCCAGAGUUCACGUCCGAGUACCUCGCGGACAAAGAGAACAGCAAGAAUGACUUCGGCUUUGAAAUCCACCCCGACCUACUGAUCGGCAGAGCCACCAUAUGGAGUUCUCAAACGUUACAUUCUCAUACUGUUGCAUAAGUUUUGCAAUGCAGAAUCCACAUCGAGAUCGACAUCAGCAUGAGCAUCCACACGAGAAAGCCACUCCGUAGCCAUUUUGGCUCAAGAUCCUUAAUAUGCCAACCCCUGCCCCGGUGGUGGGGGGGAUCCGCUGAGCACAGUUAAUUUUUCCGACAGCGACCCUCUGCGUGAGUAAAUGCAUACCAUUAGCCUUUACAGAUUGCAGUAGUUUAGAGGCCCGACGUAGUCAAUAGGUUUCCUCGACAUUUUUCGUUUUUGCUUAUUUUCUCUCUUCCGCUAUUCAGCAUUCGCAUUCUUUUCUCCUGAUCUGCAGUAGAGCUGCGACCCUUACGUCUGUGUGCUCCUGCUCCUCUUGGAAAAAUGUCCUGCGGAUUAUGUGCGGGCUGGUGUCCGUGUCGCUGCGCACGGUGGCUCGACUGGAUUUUGUGCGGGGCUGCGGGCACUCUUCCACGGGAAUUCGCCCAAGUUGUACAUCGUCAGCAAGACACGGCGGCGCCGGAGAUCGUCCCAGCAGCGACCGCCAUGGUACCGGACUAACCAGCCGACGGCGCGGCGAUGGUGGGCUACCCGGGGUGUCAGCGAUAAAUCAGGUCGGCACGGGCGGACCUGUGAGGAAGGCGGCCCCCGCUGGAGGGAGGUAGGUUGCAAAUGCGGCGGCGCGCUAGGAGUUUGCAGCAGUGAGCCGCAAUCCAGAUGGCUCGCUCCCGUAAGCACGCAAUAAAGAUGUGUAGGGGCACGCAAUAAAGAUGCGUUGCUGCCAACUCCUCCGCGCAAAGCAUUUGCGCCGAGCCAGAGCCAGGGGAGAGAGCACGGAGCAGAUGGCGCCGGGGCUUCUCGGUGCGCAGAGCCAGGGCAGACGGAUGGCAGUUCCAAGCGGUAUUUAGCACGUGCGUGACAAGUGGAACCGAAGCGGUGCGAAUCUUCUCUCCCGACGAGCAGAGGGGGAGGGCUAGCCACAAUAGCAACAAGUCCAAUAGAGACUUGUUCCCUAGCCUCGCAAUCGCGAGCUAAGGGCGCACAAUAGAUGCGAGCUAGGCUAGCCCCAUUCCGGGGCGGAGAUAGUUGGUGGCACGAGAGGACAUACAGCGGAAACCCGGAGAGAGGACGGCGACCCUCUCCGCGAGCUGAAUUCUGGCCGCUGUUGAAGAAGAUGCUCGCAGACGGAAAUCUGCCUUCGAUGAGAAAGCCCAGCCGUCUACCUUUCAUCAUGCUACGCCCACGACUUCGCGGCCACGAACGCUUGAAGAAGGUGAGCUACGGACGGUUUGGCAGGUUUUCACACAUGAGAACGCUUCGCGGCCUGUAAAUCCGUUUUCGCUGUCUUGCCAAUCAGGUGCGCUCUUCUCACAACUGUCGACGCCAGUUGUGACACCUUCUACGAGCAUUGUUGGUUUUCAAUCAGCAAUCUCCUCGUAAGCUAGCCAAAACUUUCUCGGACUCUGUACCCGCGCCUGUUGCUAUUUCUUUUGUGCGACAGGUGCCUGCCAGUUUUCCGUAUACUAUUUAGAAAGUGGGUUCUAGUAUUGUGGCGCCUGUGUUUUUCCCUGUCACAGUGUGUCUGCAGCAGCUCAUACAGUGUUAGCGAGAAGUACGGUAAAGAUAACAUAAGUGCCCGGGGAUGAAGAAAUACUCGCGAUGUUUUUCGCGGUUCUGACCCUAGAUCUCCUGCGGCCGUAGCUGCUUGCGGCGACGGUGCAAAGGUUUUCGAUGUGGCGCAGUCGGGUAUGCAUGACAAAUUUAUUUUGAAGGACUAAAAAGCAUGAAACUUCUCUGUGCCAAAUUUGUAAUGCGGGAGGUGCAGCAGGCUUCCUUCUUUUUACUUUUCCUAUUCUUGCAUCACAAAUUCAUGUAGCAGUAGUUGAGAAUGUAACAGUUGAGAAUCCCAUGCACCACGCGGCUUCUCCGCGCGAGGAAGUUCAAGAACCGAAUGAAGGACUACUGGACGAAUCGACACGGUCAGCCCUUUAUCAAAUGUAAAAGUGUCUGGGUCUGGAAACUUGUGAUGCUGGGUGGCGUCUCAUGAUGAGGCUACAAAUGCUGGCUCAGCAUGACAAGUUUCUGAGCUCCUAGGUGUUGCCUAUUCUGCAUGACAAACUGCGCUUCUGCAUCACAGAAAAGCGGAGCUCUUGGGUAACGUGCAUGACAGAUUUAGGAGUCAUGCCAGACAAGCAUGACAAACAUGAAUUCUUCCAGACCCAGACACUUUUACAUUUGAUACCCUUGUGGGACCAGAAACGGGGCUGGCAUUUUCAGGCCGACAGGGAUAAGGAAGAGGUGAAGAAGAACAAGCAGCUCCAGUACCAAAUGUUCGACCUAAACAAGCAAACCGCACCGAACAAGGACACCGGUCAAGUCGUGGACCCGCGGAAAAUAUCCUGUGCAAAAGUAUCGCACACGUACUAAUCGCAUUCAUGCAUUACAAAUUUCUUUCUCAGGUUAAAUCCGCAUUACAAAUUUUCUUUCUCAUGCUGAGGAAAUUUGUCAUGCAAUUCAUACGUAGUGCGAUGCUUUUGCAGUUCAUAGAAAACGCUGAACAAGCUGAACUUCGACAAUUUUUUGAAGUACUACAAGUACCAAGACUACGAACAUCUCCUCUACUUCAACACGGCGAAGUAUGGGAGUGUCACGAUCGAAAUCGACAAAAUCGAGAAACUUGCGAUGCACAAAAUCGAUGCCAGUUAGACCUACAGUUUUUAGUCGGCGCAUGGCGCAUUUCCCUCGUCCUGGAAGCGAAUCUGUCAUUUGUGUUUCUGCAUGCACCAUCGGAAGUGCGUUGACUCGCGAGGGUCGUGAAUGAAUGAAUGAAUUUGUAAGCUUAUCGGCCGUCGUGCCACCGGGACGUCCUGCCCGUAGACCACCAAUGUCAUGCGGUUUAGGGCAAAAGAGCUCCCCUCUGUCAUGCUAGCCACCAGCCCAAUUCUUGACUUUUAGCAGGACUACAAUCUGCCUCCUUUGCGUUGUUCUCUGCAAUAGAGUCACUUUUUGUGUCGCAUUUUCUGCAUGACAGAUUAUUUCGACUUUGUCGAUUUCGAUCCUGACGCUUCCAUACGAAAAAUCGGCUGUUUCUCAACCAGGACCUCAUCGGAUACUGUGCGGUUGUGCGGCCCGAGAUAUGGACAGACAAAAGUUUGUCACAGUCACUAGCUUGGAGGUUUUGCAUUACAAAUUUUCUUAGCAUCACAACUUUUCCUUGUAUUGCAGAAACACUUCUAUAGAGAGAGUCCGUAUGAAGUUUGGCUGUGAUGCAUUUUUACGCAUGACAGGCAUUUUUUGUAUUGCGACAAUGCCCAUCCCAAUGAGUGAUCGUGACGAACUUUUUUGUACUUUUGAUACGGGAAAAUGAACAGCUACUGUGCCUCGGACAACGCCGGCAUCGUCCAAUUCAAGUGCCUAUCAAAUGCAAAAAUGUCUGGUUCUGGAAGAUUUUGAGAUUUGUCAUGCUUGUCUGGCAUGACCAAAAAGUUUGUGAUGCGUGUCCAAGAAGAGAUCCUUUUGCCUAUCAUGCAAAAACGCAGGUUGUCAUGCGAAAAACGCAACACAAAGAAGCGCAGAUAUUUCUCAUGCUUGCCUGUGCAUUACAGAGCAUUCAAUAUUCCCAACGCAGCAUUACAAGUUUCCAGACCCAGACAGCUUUGCAGUUGAUAGUGCCGGUUGUGCCGGAACGCGAAACACAAACCCACGGAAUGGAGUUGCGAACACAACAAGGAAUCCAAGCACAAAACCCAGGUCGAGAAGCGGCAGGAGGUCUUCGAUAUCGUGAAGGAACUGAAGCUGAAUGUGUCACAUAAUAUGCACUGCAAAAGCAUCGCACUAGUACAAACCAGCCAUGCUCCGGCUGCCGCCGGAGCGCAAGGCUGUUGGGUCGGGGCAAGACUGUUUGCCGAUAGGACCACAACCCCGCGGGCCUAUGCACAACGAAACACAUUGCGCCGCGCCAACCCGCAGGACCACUUGCGCGCUUCCCGCGCCUGUGGGCGCUCUGCGCAGGGAGCAGCUGCAAAGACCACCGGGGGCGAACAGAAACCGCCCGGCGGGGGAGGGUAGCGCGAGAGGGUGGCGCGAGAGGGUGCGCGAGAGGGUGGCGCGAGAGGGUGGCGCGGAAAGGCGCCGAACAAAACAGCUCCGCGAAUGGCCUGCAGUGCCAAAUAUGGGUAGUGCCAUGCGGAUUCGCGCCCGCUUCUUUGUGUUUUACCCUCUCGCAGACCUCUCGCAGACCCUCUUUUUGGCCUCUUUUGGGGGUCCCCGCUAAUAAUCCGGCUAUACUCGCGGGUAGAGGUCGACAGAGGUGGCCGAGAGGUGGCCAAGAGGGUCCGCGAGAGGUCGCCCCUUAUUCGCGCCACCUCUCGCCACCUCUGUCGAACUCUCGCGCCCCCUCUUUUUGACCUCUCUGCACCCUCUGAGGCACUUAGGCGCCGCCUUAGGGUGGGUCCUUCGGCGGGCUAUACUCGCGCACCCUCUCGCCGGCCCUCUCGAAAGGGGUCCCGCGCCACCUCUCCACCUCUGUCGACCUCUUUUUUACCUCUUUUGACCUCUUUUUGACCUCUCGGCCACCUCUUGUUUACCCUCUGUCUACCUCUUUUUUCGCAUGAAUAUAAUAUAUAGUAAUCGCAAUACAAAUUGGCUCAGCAUUGCAAAUUAAAUUUGUAAUGCGGAUUUACCUAACCAACUAGAUUUGUAAUGCAUAACUGCGAUUACUACGAGUACGAUGCUUUUGCACAGGAUACAUAAAACAGGCAAGCAAUUUCCCCCAGAAAAGUACAUCUCCUGUGCCCGACCCUUUCCCACUGCGCCCUGGUUGAUGCUAUGACAGUGAAGAACUCCCCCUCCCCCUCAUUUGUCAUGCAAAACCGCAAAUCCAGUCGCUCCCUGUCCCUCGUGGCACUGUUUGCAUGACACAUUCCUGGGGAAGCCCAAACAGUACUGCACUAGGCGCAUGGGUUUGUCAUGCACAGGCUCCACGUGUGCUGGUGUUUGUAUUGCUGUUCAUGCAAUGCAAAAGCAAAUGAGGGGGAGGGGGAGCUGUGCGCUCUCAUAGAUGCUCCGCAGAAUAUAUGACGAAGUGUACAUGCAGGCCAAAACGGUUGUCUAUCAAAUGCGAAAAUGUCUGGGUCUGGAAGGAUGCAGAGAUUUGUGAUGCAGCUUUGGCAUGACCCCUGAUGUCUGUGAUGCAUCCCCUAGCAUCACAGAUUUUAUGAGGGCUUCCUGAUGCCUAUACCGCAUGAGAAAUACCCUCUCGCCGUCGCAAAAACUGGACCUCUUUUGCUGUUCAUGCAAUACAGAUUUUUGUAGAUGAAUCCAUACCCAAAUGCAGCAUCACAAGUUGCAUCCUUCCAGACCCAGACAUUUUUGCAAUCCAUAUUGUCGUUCACUGUCUCAUCUGUGACCAGAAGGAAUGUCAUAAUGACACAGUGGACUUUGCGAUGCUAGAGAAGAUCAGGGAUCCGUCGAAACACGAGGAGCUGCUCGACGAGUUGAAGCACGGGAGCAUGAAAGGGGGAACAAAUAAACACAAAAAACAACUUAUGCAUUGCAAAAGUAUCGUACUAGCAAUAUUUAUAAUUCGCAUCACAAAUUUUGGCAAUAGCAGAAGCGGUAUUGGUCAUGCUGAUUUAGCUUAGAAAUCACAUUUGUCAUGCAUGACCGCAAUUUGUACGAGUGCGAUACUUUUGCAGAGCAUACAACUGCAGUGGACGUACAAGGUCGACAGGAAGGAUACCUACAACAAGCGAUUUAUCCUAGGUAAAAACGUCCCCACCCCAGAGUCACGAUGGGCAUUUUGCAACACAAACCUAGGAGUUUUCGAAGUGACGCAUGACAAGUUGCAGUGCGUAAGGUAGUGCAAGUUAGGAAGGACAGCCGCAUUACAAAUCGAUCUGCUUGUCCUCUGUACAGCAUUACAAAUUCCCAAACACGAUCGAAAACGCUUGUCAUGGGGAUGCGCAUCACAAAUGUUUCUGUCACGGCAAAUCUGCAUGACAGCUCUGGGGUGGGGGCGUUUUUACACAGGAUGCGACUUCUGAGGGAGGCGGACGAGGCGAUGGCAAAGGCUGAGAAAAUCCGUGCA